AUGCACCAUCACCUCGCGACAAGAGCACACAGCGCACUCAUGGCAGCCCCCGCCCCUCUCAUCGCGGCGGCGGCGCAGCUGAACGCGCUCUGCGCAGAUAUAGAGGGGUACAUUGCGUCUGGGUCCCCGCGGGACCGGUACCGGCCGCCCAUAGUGGACUGGCACCACCCGGACGACUAUGCGCAGGCGUCAGUGGCGGGGAUCACCAAGUUCCUCUCCCAGGUCGCGAAAGAGCGCGACACGGUCGAGGCGCUCGUCGGCAGCGCGACCCCGCCGGCAGAGUACUCGACCAACCUCAUCUCGCUGCAGGGCGUGUGGGAUGCGUUCCGCCGCUCCGAGGGGCCCCUGCUCGGCAUAUGGCAGAGCAUGGACAAGCGUCCCGGCCCCGGCGGCGGGUCGGGCGCCGGCGCGACAAAGGUCGACGUUGUCGCCCGCGGCGGCGACGAGUGGGUCAAGGUCAAUACUAUCAAAGACACACGCCUCCUCGUCGAGUUUAGGGAGCACGACUCGUACCUCAACUCGGACUAUGACGACUCUGACGCCGACGACAGCGAGCCAGCGGCCUCAGCAGCGCCGCCACGACUGACCAACAGCCUGCUGGUACAGGCUCGCGCGCUGGUCGCCGCGGCGCACUCGCACACAAGACUACCUGGGCUCGCAGCGCCGAGGGUACGCUACGUGCUCACGCGGCUCGAGGAGCACCCGGCCGCAGGGCACGCGGACGACCGGAUCCCAGCGACGUUUGCUGCGAUGCGCGAGCUCGGCAUCGAGCUGGACUUUGCGAGCGAGUGGAACGACGACGUGCCAGCUCCAGUCGACCCUCCAACCCCCGACGAGCCCACACCAGCGGCCGACAUCGUGCUCGACCUGUCCGUCCUCAUCGCGCUGUGCUGCGACUCGACGCACCACCCGCUGCCAGCGAGCGACGUGGAGCUCGAGGCGCGGUUUCGGCCAAUCUGUCCCGGGCCCGUACCGCGCGACGGCGCGAACGCAGCGCUGGGCGGCGGCGUUCUGCUGCGCUUGACCGGCGCGAGCCGCGACCUGCGCGACCAGCUACGGUGCGAGAUGGUGCGGCCGCUGAUAUACGAGCUGCGCGAGCGGCUGCCCGGCGGCGCGCGCUUCUGGGUGACCAAGGAGGUGCGCGACCGGCUGCCGGGGCUGGUCAACCUCAUUGGCGGGGAGAAGGAGCGCGCGCGCGCCGAGGCGCUCUUCGCCGACAACACGGGCGACUACUGGGCCGGCUCGCGCUGGCAGGGGGAUACCGGCGCGCUGCAGGGCAUCAGGGUGCGCGUGCUCGAAGACGGCGACGAGGACGGGACCGCGCCGGCGCCACAAGGCGCCGAGACGCCGUUCGACGCCGUCGUCGCGCAUGUGUGUGCCGCCAUGAUUGCGGCCGGGCCCGACGGGGCCACGCCAGACGAGGACACCGAGUCGGGCGGGGGCAGGAAGCAGAAGAAGGCGUCGCGUAACCCGCUGCGCGCGGGCACCGUGUUCCCGCCCCCGUCGCGCCUGCCCUCGGGCCACACGCUGCGCACCAUGCUCGCGGGUGUGCAGCGCCGCGCGACCGUCCUCACCAACAACCGCGGCGCCGUGCUCAAGGUCAUGCGCGAGGCUGGCGUGCCGGACGGUAUCCCGCGCGCGGGCGACGAGGGCCCCGGCCAGCGCGCGCGCAUAUGGGUCGUCAACCCGUCGUCGUUGGCCGAGUGGCGCCGCCUCGAGGUCGAGGAGGGCAAUGCACGGGUCGCGCGCUGGCGCCUGGAGGAGUAG